AAAAACACAACAAAAAACACUUCCGUGUUGAACUCCACAAACAUGGUGGAGGUUAUGCUUCGUUUUGGUAGAAGGACUUUCAACAUAUCGCAGAAAAUAUGCAACUACUCAGCACUGAAACCUGUUAGGAAGCACGAAGAAGGGAUGAAGGAUAAUAAAAGUAUCAGUCACACACAUGCUUCUGUGUGGCGGGGACACGGAAAUGCUUUGGGGAUUUUCUUCACCACUUGUCCGGGCUCUUCUUGGAGUCAUUUAACUUUUAUCAGGACUUACGUCAAUGGCGACCGAGAUGAGCCUCUUUACCGAAGCAAAACGGGUUACUACGACAUCCUCGGCGUGUCUCCAAAGGCUACCCAAGCUCAGAUCAAAACCGCCUACUACAAGCUGUGCUUCCUCUACCACCCGGACAAGAACGCCAGCAACGACGAUGCCACCGUCCGCUUCUCGGACAUCAACGAGGCCUACGCGGUGCUGGGCCACAAGGGUUUGCGGAGAAAGUACGACCGCGGCCUCCUGAGCCAGCUCGACUUGACCAACAGAGCCCGGGCCGGACCUUCCGCCACCAAAUCCGCCGCAGAAGGGAGCGCGGCUGCGGGAAAGAGGAGCGCGGCGGUGGACCCUCGAGGGAGCAUAUUCGACUUCGACAAGUUCCUUCGCUCGCAUUACGGCGACCAGCUCCAGAGGGACAGAGACAUCCGGCAACGCAAGGAUGAGAUGCUGAGAAAACGCCAGGAGUCCUUGGGCGAGAGGAACAAGGACAGGUCCAUAGAGGUGGGCGUCCUCAUCCUGCUCUUUACGGCUGCGGCGUUGUUGGCCACCACGAGGGGAGCGGCGAGCUGAGGCGGCCGACUGGAACAAUUUAUACCUUGACAUGUUCAUUUUUCAUGCCCACAAGGUCUAACCUCAUAUUUUUCUAUAUCAUAUUAUGAACCGUAAACUUUCGAAAUUUGAUAAUACAGUAUAGUCCUUCGGACAUUAAUACAUGGAUAAUUAAUGCUUAAAUUUGAGAGGAAAGAGAAUUUUUAUUGCAACGCAAAUCUGGGGCGGUUCGGAACCAAUAUCUCCUCACAAGUGUUGCUUGUCUAAAAUGUGUUAAUGUGUGUAUAUUGCGACAGAAGCGUUUUGCAGACCUGGCUGUAAUAAGUUUUGCCCUGACUAACGAAGAAUAGGAUGGAAGAAGCUUGACGUCAUCGAGGAGGAUCAGCAUCCUGCCUGGACAUGUUUCUAUUUCUGUGACGUGGCCAUCUGCGAAUAACUGGAUUGAUCCUUUGGGUUAUUUUUACUAUGUCAAAAUGACUGCUCGUCUGAGCAAGAAGUCCGUGGUUACUUUUUGACAGUACUGUAUUGUGAUUGAUGGUGCUUAUUCUUAUUCAUAGUUUAUCUACAUGAAAUUAAAAAUGUUUAAUUUCGAUUGUAUUUCAGGAGUCAAUGCUUACUUAAGGGCAUACAUGAAGUGCAGUUAAAUCUUUAUUCUAUUACAGCCACCAAGGUUGUGCAUGUGCCCGUAUGUAUAGAGCCUGAUUUGGAAAAAAAAAACAUGUUUGAAGUUUAACAAAUUCAUGGAUCAGAAUGACAAAGACAUGUCUUGUAUUUAUUAAAACGUUCCUAUUUAUAAUACCGGUACUUUGAUGAACAUUCUUGUUGGGAAGUGCAAAGUUCUGGAAUUGUGCCUUUUAUUACAGAGAAAAAUGUCUUUGUCAUCCAUUUAUUGAAGUAAUAAUAAAUCCAUAUCUGGAUAAUGCACAGUAAA